AUGAACCGCGAGGAGCAGUACUACGCGGCCACGCAGCUGUACAAGGACCCCUGCGCGUUCCAGAGGGGCCCGGCGCCCGACUUCAGCGCCAGCCCCCCUGCGUGCCUGUACAUGGGCCGCCAGCCCCCGCCGCCGCCGCCGCCGCCGCCGUUCCCCGGAGCCCUGGGCGCGCUGGAGCAGGGCAGCCCCCCGGACAUCUCCCCGUACGAGGUGCCUCCGCUCGCCGACGACCCUGCGAUGGCGCACCUCCACCACCACCUCCCGGCUCAGCUCGCGCUCGCCCACCCGCCGGCCGGGCCCUUCCACGAUGGAGCCGAGCCGGGCGCCCUGGAGGAACCCGGCCGCGUCCAGCUGCCUUUCCCGUGGAUGAAGUCUACCAAGGCUCACGCGUGGAAAGGCCAGUGGGCAGGCGGUGCCUACGCCGCGGAGCCCGAGGAGAACAAGCGGACUCGCACCGCCUACACCCGCGCGCAACUGCUGGAGCUGGAGAAGGAGUUCCUAUUCAACAAAUACAUCUCCAGGCCGCGCCGCGUGGAGCUGGCCGUCAUGCUGAACUUGACCGAGAGGCACAUCAAGAUCUGGUUCCAAAACCGCCGCAUGAAGUGGAAGAAGGAGGAGGACAAGAAGCGCAGCUGCGGGCCCCCGGCGGCAGGAGGUGGGGACGCGGAGCCCGAGCAGGACUGCGCGGUGACCUCCGGCGAGGAGCUGCUAGCGCUGCCGCCCCCGCCGCCCCCCGGGGGUGCCGUGCCGCCCGCGGGCCCCGCCGCCGCCCGAGAGGGCCGCCUGCCGCCGGGCCUUAGCGCCUCGCCGCAGCCUUCCAGCGUCGCGCCCCUGCGACCGCAAGAAUCUCGGUGA